AUGAACUUGGAUACAUUCUAUGCAUCUAAUUAUGAACAUUUUUCAUGUUAUAAUAAUUUUAAAUAUUUAGAUUCAAUGUUAAAAAAUGUUAAAGAUAAUGAAAUCUUUUUUAGGGCUAUUGUAAUUGCUGUUGCUAAUUCAAGAUUACAUAUUUUAGAAUUUUUAAAUGAAAAAUGUGGUGAUCUUGUAAAAGAAAUAAAGAAUUAUAAAGGAUUUAAUUUUUUUCUAAAUCAAGAAUUUCCAAGAGAUAAUGUAAGGGUAUCAGAAUUUCUACUUCAAUUAAUUAACCAAGCAGAUUCAGAAAAAUUAUUUGGUCAAAAAUCAUUAUUAUAUUUCAAAUAA